CUGUGUCAUGCUCAACUUGAAAGUUUAUGUUUUUCAUUAUUGGAAUUGCUAUUUGAAGUGAGUGUGCAACAAAAUGGAAGAGGGUGUGUAUUUACCAAAUUUUGGUUGUUAUAUCAUGACCAUUCAAGGGUAUCUAGCUUCAGCAAGAGAGCCUCUGAAUUCAAGUGUUUCUGGAUCAUCUAUGUGCUAUUGUAGGCCCUGUUAUGACCAAACUUACCAUAGGCUUCAGAGAAAUUGACAUACUAAGAAGUUUUUUGAUCUCAUUUAAUUCUGAUAUUUAUUCUUUUCCAUAGUUUUGAAAAAUAUUAUGGUAAUUACUUCAUUUUGAAUGGUUUUCCUUAUAAAUAGCUAUAUUAUUUCAUCAACUGUCUAGGUUAGUUUUUCUAGAUUGUUAUCUGUUCUGGAGUUUGCAGCGACAACUAAACCUUAAUGUGGAACUAGUUGAGAUCAGGUACAUGGAUUUUUUUUAAAAUAGUAAAAAUAUUUAUCCUGUCUGGGCUGGAAUAUAAUUUCUUAAAAACUGAAAACAUUUUGACUUCUUGAUAUUUUUAUCUUCUAAUCAAUAUGAUUGAGGAAGAGUUUACUGUACUUAGAAUAUUGCUUGUGUAAUUUUUGUUGUGUUAAUGAUUUACUUUCAAACAGCAACAAACAACUCACAUGUCUUGACUUUGAAAGAGCUAGGGGAGAGCACAAAUCAGAAAUCUGACUUAACUACGUUUCCACUUUUUAUUUAGAUUCUUUACCUUUGAAAUUGAUAUGUGAAUACAAUUGAAGAUUGGGUCAAGGAAGCCAGAGCAUUUCUAGGGUUCUUCAAAAUGGAAGGAGCAUUUAGACCAGUUUAUUGUUGGUCCUUGCUCAGAUUGAAUGUAUUUACGGUUUGAGAAACUAUGUGUUAGGGAUGCAGAAGCUGAGCACCAUAUGUACAUUGAUUAUUUUUACUUCUCAGAACAAAAUCUGCAGUUUGUUGGUAUGAAUCCUGGUCUUCUGAACUGAGAUGAGUCUUGUUUCCUUUUUUAGGCUGCAUAAAGGCUGAAUGUCAGAUUAUUAAAACUUUUCUAUCUGAUUUGCAUGAAUGUUGAGCUAAUGUUCAGUUGCCAACUCUUUGAACAGAUAAUAGUUACUCUCGGUUUGAACAGAUAAUAGUUACAUGAUUCAUUUUAUAAGAAAAAAAUAUUUAGUUAUGGUGAUAUUGAUUGGAUGAAUUAGGCAAUUGAGGGCCUAAACAUUUAUGACAUCCUAGAGCCUUGCUAUCACGACCCAAAUGCACAAAAAGAUGGAAAAGGAAACACAAGUUUGCCAGUGAGUUUCCAGCAAUUUGGCCGUGCCCAGCUCAAACCUGGCACCUUGUGGCCUGAGCUUGCUCAGCAAGACAGUGUCAUGUGCUUUAUAUCAUUGCUGGUUCUUGGGAGUUAUGCUCGAGUAGAAUAAUUUAUGCAAGUUUUAGCUCUGGAAGUACGUUUCCGUAUCACAAGGACCUUACCACCUAAGGAUAUUGAGCACUUACAUAUAGUGGAGACCAUGAUAUGUGUGCCUUUCACCGGAACUCAAGCGUGGACUAGGUCCCUUGGAUAUAAGAUUGUUGAUGAAUGGAGGUCAUGGAUUUCUAAUGAUCAAGUUGCUAGAUACUUGCAAGGAUAUGAUGACAACUUCACCUUUCUAACCAUAAAGGGAUACAAUUCAAGAAUACAAGCCAAGAGAAUCAUUGAACUUCUAUAGCUGUUGGUUGGAUGGAAAGCCAAUAUAAUUGUCUUCAAGAAACUGGCUUUUAAUCGCAUUAGCAUCUAAUAAUAUGAAGUUCACGAACUUUUCCAAUAAAUUCAUUUUAACUCGUACAAAUUUCGACUUUUGAAAUAUUUGUGGAAGCUAUGUUCUUCCCUUUGAUUGUUUACUUUUAUUUUAUGCCCAAUUUUUUUUUUCAACAUGCAUCUAUUCAUUGCAUUAGAAAAGCCAACGGGUUACUGUAUAAAGAGAACUCAAAGAAAACUAAGCAUCAAAAUCUAGCCCAAAGCAAAAUGAGAUAGCCGCCCAAUCCAGAAAAACUAACUGAAAUCCAUUCCAGUCAGAACGAACCCUUGCAGCAUCGGAUCUAGAAGGCACCUAGACAUCUCGCAACCUUGCAUUGUCUCACAACUCCGCACCACCAACACGCUCCACCAGGCUCCCAACGUCGCUGAGAUUAAACCCCCUGCAACAAUUCAUAUGUCUAGAUUUCCAACCCAGGUGAUCAUGCAUGGCAUAUAAUUUCCAAUCCAAGUGACCAUGUAUGUCAAGCAAAACAUUGGGAUAACAAGAUUUUAGCCACACGAUAAAUUUAGAAACAAUUGUGUUGCUCUAAGACCACCAACCCAUAGACAAUCAGAGGCCACAGAGACUCAAUGCCGACUUUUAAAUAAAGAGAAAAGUAUGCCCAUGAAGUUUUUAAUCUAUUAUAAUCAUGCAGCCACCUGAAGGAGCUAUUCUGAAUUUCAGUGUUGAAAUGUCACCGACCACACCCCUCUGAUAGAAGAUGAAUAUUGUUGGAUUAAAACAUAAAACCUCUGACAAAAGACGAAUAUUGUUGAGCUAGAAUAUAAAACCCAAAUAAAUGCUGAUCAAAACAGUAAAAUCAACAAAACACUACAUUAAUUACCCCAAAACUCUUUAAAUUUGCAUCCACCUCUCAUAGACAAACAAAACAGAAAGAAACUAUGCACAAAAGAUACAAGGACGAUCGGGACUCACUGAAGGCAGCAAAGCCCCAACAACAAUGAUCGCAACCCUCGCUUUCUCUCUCUUCUCUUUCUUUUCUGCUCAAUUA